AUGGUUAUUGAAAAUGUUUUUGUAUUCUCAAGAGAUUUGGUUGUUUCAGUGGUAUUUGGAAGAGUAGCCUUCAAAAGCAACAGGAUGCUUAUUACUAGUAUUAUACACUUUAAAUUUACAAAUAAACUCAGUAGAAAAGAACAUGGUUGUAAUAGUGAAGAUGAAGAAAUUGAAGAAGAUACUCAUUUUUCAAGAUAUAAUUUGGGUUGCUGA